AUGAACGUGCUCUCGGACCCGGCGCCCGGGGCCCAGGAGCAGCUCCGACCUCUCCGCGGCCCCGGGUCGGUCCAGGACUCACCCCGCCGCCCCCCGGGGUUCGACCUGAGCUCCCGCCUCCACCUCCACGGGGGUCAAAGGUCGACCAAACCUCAGAGGGAGCUGAGCGCCGAGGAGCAGCAGGAGCUCCGGAGGAAGAUCAACAGCAGGGAGAGGAAGCGGAUGCAGGACUUGAACGUCGCCAUGGACGCCCUGAGGGAGGUCAUGGUGCCGUACGCCUCCUCCUCGCCGCCGCCGUCCUCCGCCUCCUCUCCUCCGUCCCACGGGCCCGGCGCUCCUCCGGGCCGCCGGCUCUCCAAGAUCUCCACCCUGGUUCUGGCCAGGAACUACAUCCUCCUCCUGAGCUCCUCCCUGCAGGAGAUGCGGCGGCUGCUGGGGGAGGUGAGCGUGGGGAUGGGCGUGAACGCGGGGCCGGGCCCCCGGCUGCUGCUCGCCGGAGGGUGGCCCGUCACGUCCGGCCCCGGUCAGCUCCUCCUCACCCAGGAGUCCCUCCUCACCGCGGCGGCCUCCUCCUCUUCCUCCGCUCCGUCGUCGUCCGCCGCCAGAUGUCCCCUGCUGUCGCCGGGCCCCACGGAGGCCGCGUUGGCUCCCGUGCGUUGGGGCUCCCCGGGGGCCCCAGGAGGGGGGCCCCUUUGCCCCUGCGGAGUGUGCAGACUGCCUCGAUUCGGCCACUCCACGCCGGCGCCGAGAUUCUCAAAGUGA